AUGGCUCCGCAGCCAAUACCGUUCCCAGGCUUCACGCCUAUAAGUGACAGAGUCUACCUUCGCAAUGGCCAGGAAAAGGCUAAGCCCGCUCCAGCAAAUGAACCAACAACCAUCAUUAUUUACGGGUGGGGCGAUGGAAUGCCGAAAAACGUCUCUAAGUACACUGAUGGCUUCCAUGAACUGUAUCCAUCCGCUAGAAUUCUGGUCGUCCUAUCAAAAACCUUCCAUGCAAGCAGUCAACCGCUAGAUGACAGAAUCGAAGCUAUGAUGCCCCUUGUGGACACCAUCUUCCCUACCCCAACUGGUAGCUCGCCUGAUGAGCCAGAGCGUGUCCUGAUACACGCUAUGUCGAACACGGGCGGCAUCUUCCUGGCUGCUACUUUUGUCGCAUACCAGCAACGACAUGGUACGGAUAAGAAGUUCCCCCACCAGCUUCUUGUCUGUGAUUCUACGCCUGGUGGCUUGCAUUUCCCCUCGCAGGUUGCUCGCUGGUCUCGCGCAAUGGCGGUUGGUACCGCGAAGUUCUUUCCUUGGCCGCUCAUCAUCACCCAAGGUCUAUGGUAUGUUUACCUUUGGGCGAAUUGGGCACUGGAACAACUGAAAGGUACUGAGCCAUCGGGUAAUUGGGCUGUUCGGACUUGUUUGGAUCAUUCUAUUUGUCCGACCGAUGUUACCAGGCUCUAUCUUUAUUCGAAAGAGGAUGAGAUCAUUUGGUGGGAGGACUUGGAGGAAAAUGUGGCUGGUGUUAAGGCUCAGGGAUUCCCUGCUGAACUGGAGAUGUUUGAUGGCUCGCCGCAUGUUGGUCAUAUGAGGUUGCACCCGGAACAGUAUUGGAAUAGGAUAACUAAUUGUUGGAAAGAGACUCUGAAGACUCUGAACUAA